GGCUGACAUCACUCCUCCUUCUGUGGUCGUGUGGGAUAAAGCGGGUGCCAUUGAGAGACUGGCGCAGAGGCAUCGACGAAACCAUGUCCACGGCCGCCCGUCGUCGAUUAAUGCGCGAUUUCCGCAAACUGCAGAACGAUCCGCCGUCUGGAGUCAGCGGAGCUCCAUUAGACAACAACAUCAUGGUGUGGCAGGCCGUGAUCUUCGGUCCAGACGACACGCCGUGGGAAGGCGGCACGUUCAACCUCCUCCUCGAGUUUAGCGAAGACUACCCAAACAAAGCGCCGUCCGUCAAGUUUGUGACCAAGAUGUUCCAUCCCAACAUUUACAACGACGGGCAGAUCUGUCUCGACAUCCUGCAGAACCAGUGGAGUCCUAUCUACGACAUCUCGGCCAUCCUGACGUCGAUCCAGUCGCUGCUGUGCGACCCGAAUCCAAACUCCCCCGCGAAUUCCGAAGCCGCGCGCCUAUUCCAGGAAAAUAGACGAGAGUACAACCGCCGUGUGCGAGAAAUCGUCGAACAGAGCUGGGUUGCGUUGGCGUAGGUGACAUCCCCUCCCAAACAACGACAUAUUUUGCUCUUUCCAGUGUCGUUACGGCCUUGUGCCUUGAGCAAUGCUAGUAUGGCUUUCGUCCUCAAAUCUGCAUCUCGAAACUCUAAUCGAACUCGCCGAAAGGAGCA